CGGUUACGUGCUGUAAACAAAAAAGUCACGACGGUGAUCGUUUCUUGUCGUUUCGUCUUCGUCUCAGUUCGAACCAUUAAUUUGAAAGGUGUGUUUGUGCUUUUUCCGAUUAAUUUUUGAAUAAAAACCCAACUUACAAAAAAGUACAUUUUGUUUAAAAGCCGGCUCUAGAAUAUUCCACCAUAACCAUGCCUGAACCUAUUGAUAUUUCCCCAAAUCAAGACAAGGGAGUCCUCAAGGAAAUCCUUCGGGAGGGUACAAGUGACGAAUGCCCUCCACCUGGAUCCAAAGUCAGAGUUCACUACACUGGAACUCUAACUGAUGGCACAAAAUUCGACUCUAGUAGAGACCGGAAUGAGCCUUUCGAGUUUGAUUUGGGCAAAGGGAGUGUGAUUAAAGCAUGGGAUAUCGGUGUGGCCACUAUGAAAAAGGGGGAGCAAGCUAUGCUCACAUGUGCCCCCGAAUACGCCUACGGCAAGUCUGGCAGUCCUCCAACUAUUCCACCAGACGCCACGCUGAGAUUUGACGUUGAAGUAAUUAGCUGGAAAUGUGAGGAUUUGAGCCCCAAGAAAGACGGGGGCAUUGAAAGGGCCCAAAUUAAGGCGGGUGAAGGGUACACGUACCCCAACGAUGGGGCCACCGUUGAAGUGCAUUUGAUUGGUAAAUACGAAAACAAGGAAUUUGAUGUUCGUGAUGUCACGUUUACGGUUGGGGAAGCCUCAGAACAGAAUGUUAUUUCCGGUAUUGACAUUGCCAUUGAAAAAUUCAAAAAGGGCGAAACUUCAAAACUUGUAAUCAAGCCACAAUAUGCAUUUGGAACUGAGGGUUGUUCAGAAUUUAACAUUCCACCGAACGGAACGGUUGAAUACACCGUCACGUUGAAGAACUUUGAAAGAGUUAAAGAAAGUUGGGCUCUGGACACCAAAGAACGUGUGGAACAAUCAAAAAUUUUCAAGGAGAAAGGAACGAAUUAUUUUAAAGCUAACAAAUUUCAACUAGCCAUAAAAAUGUACAAAAAAAUUAUUGAGUAUUUGGAAUCUCAGAAAGAUCCGGAACUGGAUAAAGAAAUAGAGUCGUUAAAUUUAGCUGCGCAUCUGAAUUUGUCGUUAUGUUACUUGAAAAUUGACGACAAUUUCGAGGCUAAAGCCUCGGCUACCGCCGCUUUGAAAAUGGAUCCAGACAAUGUUAAAGCUUUGUUUAGAAGAGGUCAGGCUUUACUAAAACUAGGAGAGCCCAAGCUUGCUUCCGAAGAUUUCCAGCAGUGUUUGAAGCUAGAUCCAGGGAAUACAGCUGCACAGAGUCAGAAAGCCCUUUGUGUGAAAACACUCAAAGAACAGUUAGAGAAGGAGAAGAAGGUUUUUGCUAAUAUGUUUGACAGAUUUGCGAAAGUGGAUGCUCAGAGGGAAGAAAAAGAGAAAAAGAAAGAGCCGAAUGUGAUGUCGUCAGUGGGUGAAUGGGGUAAGGAAGAUCGUGAGCGAGAGCCGAGUGAGUUUGAGAAGGAAAAUCCGAAUAUUUUGUUGCUUAGUGGCAGUGGAGAAUUUAAGGACAUGUAGUUUUGUUGCCCAAUUGAAUAAAACCGUUUCAAUUGUU